UAAUUAAAAAAAGGAAAUAAAAGAUUGCGCACUGUUGAGUUAUUUAUAGUAAAGUUUAUAUUUUUACUAAAACUUAAUAUAUUGUGUAAAUAAGAAUAAAAGUAUGGAAUUGGCUCAUACGAAGAGUUGGAAAGAAAUUACCGAGUAUUAUGGAACAGAUAUAGAAAGAGGAUUAUCAGAAGAACAAGUUCGGAAAUAUCAAGAGAAAUAUGGUCCAAAUGAAUUACCAGCCGAAGAGGGAAAACCUUUAUGGCAACUUAUAUUAGAACAAUUCGAUGAUUUAUUAGUGAAAAUAUUACUUUUAGCAGCUAUUAUAUCUUUUGUAUUAGCAAUAUUUGAAGAGCACGAAGGUCAAAUAACAGCUUUUGUAGAACCAUUUGUUAUUCUUCUCAUUCUUAUUGCAAAUGCCGUUGUUGGUGUUUGGCAGGAAAGAAAUGCAGAAAGUGCUAUAGAAGCUCUUAAAGAAUAUGAACCAGAAAUGGGAAAAGUAAUUCGUCAAGAUAAACAGGGGGUCCAAAGGAUUAGGGCGAAAGAUAUAGUUCCUGGAGAUUUGGUAGAAGUUUCAGUUGGAGAUAAAGUACCAGCAGAUAUCAGAUUGAUCAAAAUUUAUUCAACUACAAUUAGGGUUGAUCAGUCUAUAUUAACAGGAGAAUCUGUAUCCGUUAUUAAGCAUACAGAUCCUAUUCCAGAUACUAGAGCUGUAAAUCAGGAUAAGAAGAAUAUAUUGUUUUCUGGGACUAAUAUUGCUGCUGGUAAAGCAAAAGGAAUUGUAAUUGGAACAGGAUUAGAAACAGCCAUAGGUAAAAUUAGGACAGAAAUGUCUGAAACUGAAGAAGUCAGAACUCCUCUACAACAAAAACUUGAUGAAUUUGGAGAACAACUUUCUAAAGUGAUAUCUGUUAUUUGUGUUGCAGUAUGGGCAAUUAAUAUUGGACACUUCAAUGAUCCUGCUCAUGGUGGUUCCUGGAUAAAAGGUGCCAUAUAUUAUUUCAAGAUUGCAGUAGCAUUAGCUGUUGCUGCUAUUCCAGAGGGUUUACCUGCAGUUAUUACUACUUGUCUUGCUCUUGGGACAAGACGAAUGGCCAAAAAAAAUGCAAUAGUAAGAUCUCUUCCUUCUGUAGAGACAUUAGGAUGUACCUCAGUUAUUUGUUCUGAUAAAACAGGAACAUUAACAACUAAUCAGAUGUCUGUAAGCAGGUUCUUUAUUCUCAAUAAAGCAGAAGGCAAUGAAAUAGCUUUUCAUGAGUUUGAAGUUACAGGUUCUACAUAUGAACCAAUAGGAGAUAUAUAUUUAAAUGGACAAAAAGUGCGAUGUUCAGAUUACGAAACUCUCUACGAAUUGGGAACAAUCUGUGUUAUGUGUAACGAUUCCAGUAUUGAUUUUAAUGAGUAUAAACAAAUAUUUGAAAAAGUUGGAGAGGCAACAGAAACUGCUUUAGUAGUUCUUGCAGAGAAAAUGAAUCCUUGGGGAGUUGAUAAAACAGGACUUUCAAGGAGGGAAUCUGCAGUUGUUGUAAAUCAUAGUAUUCAGUCAAUGUGGAAAAAAGAAUUUACUUUGGAAUUUUCUCGUGAUAGAAAAUCUAUGAGUGUGUACUGCAUUCCUACUAAAGUUUCUAGGUUAGGAGCUGGACCAAAAAUGUUCUGCAAGGGUGCCCCUGAAGGAGUUCUUGAUCGGUGUUCACAUGUGAGAAUUGGAACAAACAAAGUUCCCAUGACAUCUUCAUUAAAAAGUCGUAUUUUGGAACUUACAAAACAGUAUGGAACAGGACGUGACACACUAAGAUGUUUGGCUUUGGCUACAAUGGACACUCCACCAAAAGUAGAUGAUAUGGAUCUUACAGAAUCAUCCAAAUUUUCAUCAUAUGAAGUGGGCAUGACAUUUAUUGGUGUUGUUGGAAUGUUAGAUCCUCCAAGAAAAGAAGUUUGCGAUUCCUUAAAAUGUUGUAAAGCAGCUGGUAUUCGAGUAAUAGUCAUAACCGGAGACAAUAAGGCUACUGCAGAAGCUAUCUGCCGCAGAAUUGGUAUUUUUGGGGAAAAUGAAGAUACUACAGGUCUCUCAUUUUCUGGACGUGAAUUUGAUGAUUUAACUUCAAGUGAGCAGCGACUUGCUUGUCAAAGGGCACGAUUAUUUUCUCGUGUGGAACCUGCUCAUAAGAGUAAGAUUGUCGAAUAUUUACAAGCUGACGGAGAAAUAUCUGCUAUGACAGGUGAUGGUGUAAAUGAUGCACCUGCUUUAAAAAAAGCCGAAAUUGGUAUAGCAAUGGGAUCAGGAACUGCUGUUGCAAAAUCAGCAGCUGAAAUGGUAUUAGCAGAUGACAAUUUCUCUUCCAUCGUUGCAGCUGUUGAAGAAGGCAGGGCUAUUUAUAAUAAUAUGAAACAAUUUAUUCGUUAUUUGAUCUCAUCGAAUAUUGGCGAAGUGGUUAGCAUCUUCUUGACAGCAGCUUUAGGUCUCCCAGAAGCUCUAAUUCCAGUGCAAUUAUUAUGGGUAAACUUGGUUACUGAUGGAUUGCCAGCAACAGCCUUAGGAUUCAAUCCUCCUGAUUUGGACAUUAUGGAGCGUCCUCCAAGAAAAGCAGAUGAAUCGUUGAUUUCAGGAUGGCUAUUUUUCCGUUACCUCGCUAUUGGAGGUUAUGUGGGUGCUGCAACAGUUGGUGCUGCAGCAUGGUGGUUUAUGAUAGCACCAAAUGGACCUCAUUUUAGUUAUUAUCAACUCACUCAUCAUUUAGCUUGCCAUACCUCACCAGAAAAAUUCCAGGGUGUCGAUUGCAGUAUUUUCAAUGAUCCUCACCCAAUGACAAUGGCAUUAUCAGUUUUAGUAACAAUUGAAAUGUUAAAUGCAUUAAACAGUUUGUCUGAAAAUCAAUCCUUAAUAUUAAUGCCACCUUGGACCAAUUGUUGGCUAGUAUCUGCUAUUGCAUUGUCAAUGACAUUACAUUUCAUCAUUCUUUAUGUGGAUAUUUUAGCUACUGUGUUUUCCGUGUGUCCAUUAUCUGCCGAAGAAUGGAUUGCUGUUUUAAAGAUAUCUCUACCUGUUGUCAUAUUAGAUGAAACGAUGAAAUUUGCUGCACGCAAGUUUAUUGAUGCUGCUUAAUAUCACUCUAUCCAUUGGUGCAUGAUGAAAAUGUUCCUCGUAUCCAGGUAUAUAAAAAUUUCUUUACCUGGCCAUAAUUUGUAAAUGCAUAAUAUUUGACAUGUAUAAAAAAAGUUUUUAGCUGUAACAUAAAAUAGAAAGCUGGCUCUUUUAUUAUCUCCACUAACAAAAUAUUUUUAGUUGUUUUAGAAGUAAAUCUGUGAUACAUAAUUUCUUUUAGUUUAUUUACUAUUAUUACUAUAUUAUUAUUAUUAUAUUAUUUUUUUUUUUUUAAAUUGGAGUGCCUAAUAAAUAUCUUGUUUUAUUUUAUUUUUGUUUUCAUAUAUUAUGUUUAUAUGUUUUAUAAAAGUGCCCAGUUUAUAAUUUCCUCUAAUUAAAGUCCCAAAAUCCGACUAAAUUAGCUUCUGGCACUGGUUUCUUAUUGUUUAAUAAUGAUGUACUUUCCUGCCAAGUCAACUCUGCUUAAGUUUUUUUUAGCCUCCUCCUUGUGCAUGAAUUUUUAUUUCCCUGUUCCUUGGCUGGGCACUGAUAUUUUGUUUUGUGUAUCUGACUGAUUUGUAGUUUUGUUUUGACUUCUAUUUUCAGUUGCUUCUACAGAUUGAAAACGUCUGAUGUGAUUACUACAGUGAUGGAGAGAUGUUUCAUUAAUUAGCUUCAAAUUCUGAUCACGUUACUUGUGUUUAUGGCACUUCUGUUUCUUCUUCACGGCAAAUAUUCUGUUCUGUUGUGUCGGCUUAUUCCCAUGUGACUUUUAUUAUUAUUAUUAUUGUUUUUUAUGUCAAAUUAUAUGUUAUUUCCUUCUUUCCUUUUCUUCCUUUCUUUUAUUUAUUUUUUCCUACUAGUGUAAAUUCUUAGAGAUCCACACUGUAAAUUAUGUACACAUCCAGUGAAAAAAUCUAAAAGGUUGGACUGCAAAAGAAAACAUCACGUGUGAUGCGAUAGGUGAAUGCAAAACUGGAGAAAGAAGCUGGAAAAUGUUUGAAGUUAUACAUUGAUGGAUAUAAAAGAUAAUAUAUCUGUAUUAUACACGAGGCCUUUCAUUUUAUCCUUCUGGUGACUUUUCCAGAUGAUGAUGCCAUCCUUUCAGAAAAAAAGUAUAUAUAUAUAUUCCAUCAUAUGUUACAAAUUCAAGCAUUUUGUUGUUUGUAGAUUAAAACUAUAAUUGUAUAAUACAAAUUUAUCAUCUAAGUGGGCCAUUACGGUCUUUAGCGAUUUAGUUUUUAGAGGAAUUAUUUCCUCCGACUUUUUUUGUAUAGAUACGAGAGAUUGUUUAAAAACUUAGAUGAAAUUUAAUAAUCGUUAAAUGUGUUCUUUGAGGUAGCAUGAUCAGUGCCUGUGCUUCGGCAUCCAAUGUUCCGCUGUAUCCAAGGGAAUAUAUAAAUUAUGGCGGACAAGAUUACAUCAUUAAUUGUGGAAUAAUUGUAUCGAUACUCAUUUCAAACCCGUAAACUGUCCAAUUAUUUAUAAAUCCAUGAAUACAUUUAAAAAAAUAAACUAUGCAUCAUAUAUUCUCCCUAGUAUAUAAAGGAACAUUGGAGGUGUUUUUAAAGUAAUGCAUUAUUAAAUUGUGUUUAUUAUUAUUUUUUUUUUUUUUUUUUUUAGAUUAUUCUUUUUAACAAUUUUUACCAUUAAUUUAUUUUAAAUAAUGCACCAUUCGUCGUAAGAAAGAACGGAAUAUGCAAAAAAUAUGCUGGACAAAGUAAACAGUGUAAUGAUAGAGGAGAGUUGAUGGGUUGGCGUUACGCAAGCGGAAAGAGGUGCUACAAAGGUAUCUUAUCCAUCUCAAACACAUUUUUCAUUUUUUUUUUCCACUCUUAUUCAGGAACUGUUUGGCCCAUAAUGAAAAAUCAAUUUUGUACACGGAGUUUUCUGUACAGUAGAAUUUAAAUGUUGGUUUUAAUUUAUUUUUCGGUCUACGUUACUGUUAAAUGAAUUUAAAAAAUGUAUUAUAAAUAAUAUGUUAUGUUUAGGAAUAAUUAUCUUUGUAUUGUUAGAAUAAAUAUGUUUAAGGAAGAAUGAUCCAAAAUAUAAAA